AUGCAGUCACGACUCUCUGCUCAGCGCAUUCGUUCGUUUAUCUCCUUCUACUCUUGCUCGCAGACACGCUCCGGCUCGUCUAGAGGUAUCGCGACAUGCCUACGCGCGAGCAAGCAACUGAGGUCGAAGGCCACCUCUCGGAGGGCUUUUCAUGCUACCGCGUCCCGAGCCGCACCGAAGAACCCAUACCAGGUGCUGGGUGUUUCCAAAGACGCUUCACAGGCUGACAUCAAGAAAUCAUACUUUGCGCUUGCGCGCAAACACCAUCCAGACACCAACCCAGACAAGGAUGCGAAGGAGAAGUUCGUAGAGAUUCAGGAGGCUUACGAUCUUCUAAAAGAUGAAAAGAAGAGGGCCGCAUACGAUCAAUACGGGUCUGCUGCUCAACAGCCGGGAUUCGAUCCGAAUGCCUUCGCCGGUGGUUUCGGCGGUGCUGCGGGAGGCUUCCACUUCCAGGAUCUUUCUUCGCUAUUUGGUGGAGGGCGAGCAGGGGCACGCGGUUCGCAGGCAGAUUUAUUCGAAACCCUGUUUGGCUCUUUCGGAGGAGCUGGACCUUCAGCACGACAGAAUAUGCGCGGGGGCGAUAUAGAAGCCUCUAUCGGUGUCUCGUUUAUGGAGGCCUGCAAAGGCACUUCACGUACCAUCACCAUUCAUCCGAUUGUCAACUGUCCGACAUGCUCCGGUACAGGUCUGAAAGCGGGUGCUAAACGCUCGACAUGUACCUCUUGUGGUGGCUCCGGAACCCGAACCUUCGUUUUAGACAGUGGCUUCCAGAUGGCUAGCACCUGUCCAUCUUGCCAGGGCACUGGUAGCACGAUCCCUCGCGGAAGUCAGUGCGGCGACUGUGGCGGCGUCUCGCAAGUCAGGACCAAGAAGACAGUUAAGGUUGAAAUCCCUGCGGGUGUCGAGGACGGCAUGACCAUCAGGAUCCCGAACACGGGUGAUGCUCCCCUUUCUGGCAAGGGUCAACCAGGUGACCUCCUUGUCCGUGUCGGCGUCGCGAGCUCCAAGAUGUUCCGGCGACAAGGUACCAACCUCUAUCAUGAGGUCCGCGUGCCGUUCCACACUGCAAUCUUGGGCGGCCGCGUACGCGUUCCCACCCUUGAUGGCGAGGUGGAUGUACGCGUUCCUGGCGGAACACAGCCUGGAGAGGAAAUGGUUUUGAAGGGACGAGGCAUCCAAUCUGUGUACAGCGGCAACAAGGGUGAUCUUUUUGUCAUGUUCUCCGUCCAGAUCCCGAGGUGCGCUCUUUUUACUCAAUCCCUGCGCCCAGCUGACCACAGGAGCAGGACACUUAAUAAGCGACAACGAGAAAUUCUGCAAAUGUACGCAGAUGACGUCGAAGGGCGCGCGCCAGCGAAGUCAAGCGACGACAAAAGUCGAGCAAGCUCGUCAAGCCCAAGUCAAGAAGCAGCAAAUGCAGAUAACACAGACGCUAAUGGUACGGCUUCUUUCUCUUCCUUUACGUACCCAACUACGCACAAAAGUGGUUGGGUGUCCCGUACUUGGCAUAGGCUGAAAGAGCUCAUCGGCCUUUAA